AGCAGACAACGAAGAAAACAACGAUCACGAAACCGGAAGUUUACCCCGGUCCACACAGGCAGCCCGGAAUUAUUAGGUAGAUAAAAAUAUCAUUGGGUGUCCUGAAAAUGGCCGAGUUGGAGGUGGAGGCAGACGUUUUGGUCCAGAGAGUUGUGAAAGAUAUCUCCAAUGCCUUUAAAAGGAACCCGAACAUAGAUGAGAUUGGUCUGAUCCCAUGCCCUGAGGCACGCUACAACCGGAGCCCCAUUGUGUUGGUGGAGAACAAGCUGGGUGUUGAGAGCUGGUGUGUCAAGUUCCUGUUGCCUUACGUUCACAACAAGGUGCUGCUCUACCGCCAGCGAAAACAUUGGCUGGAUAGGGAAGCUCUUGUGGAUAUCACCUGCACUCUGUUGCUGCUCAACCCAGAAUUCACCACUGCUUGGAACAUCAGAAAAGAGCUGCUGCAGUGUGGAGUACUAAACCCAAAGAGGGACCUUUACCUGGGAAAGCUAGUUCUCACAAAGUUUCCCAAAAGCCCUGAGACAUGGAUCCACAGACGGUGGGUGCUCCAAAAGAUCUUGAGUGAAUGCUUUCCCCGAGAAGACUACAGAAAAGAGCAUAAGGUAGCAGAUCAGUGUGAUGCUGCAGCCCUCACAGAAUCAGAUCAGCGUCUCUAUGACCACCAGGCCAAGACCUUGCACGAGGAGAUGAAGGUGUGCUCUGAUGCUGCCUGCCGCUACCCUAGCAAUUACAACGCUUGGUCCCACCGCAUUUGGGUGCUGGAGCAUAUGGCCAAAGGCAACAUUAAGGUGCUCCAUGAUGAGUUGUCCUCCAUGCGCCUAUGGGUGUCCAUGCAUGUGUCCGACCACAGCGGAUUCCACUACCGCCAGUUUCUGCUCAAAGCACUGACCACUGAACUUUCCCAAUCUCUAGACUCCACGACCAUCGCUCAGCCUCAGCACCAGACCGGCGAAGUGCCCAGGAAACAUCCUCACCAUCACACCGUCCUCUCGUUCAACAGGGAGACCUCAGAAGCAGCAGAAGCUGAUGAGGUGGAGCAGCAGUCUGCUGCACACUCUGUACUAAAGAUCUUCCAACAGGAAAUGGAACUGUGCACAGACCUGAUCCAGUCCUUCCCCGGCCAUGAGACACUUUGGUGCCACAGGCGACAUGUCUUCUACUUGUGGCACCAGUGGAAAAAAGAACAUUACUGCUGCAUCGGAAACGGCAGCAGUGAUUCGUCUCACCUCAACCAUACCGACCCCGGCCUGAGUUCCCAUCCCUACACUGUUUUUUCUGAAGGCAGUGGACGAGACUGCAGUAUCAGGGCCGACACCAUGAGUGGACAGCCAAACGCUAGUGAAGUAAUGGAGGUGGAUGUAUUGGCCCUGCCGUUCCCCCACGACACAAAGCGUCUGAAGAGAAACCUUCUGGCGCCAUGUUUCCCUGCCCUGCCAUCGGAGCACACUUUCCUGAGUGGUCUUUUGGAAGGUUGCUGCAGCCUGGAGCAGAGACACUUCGCGCUCGCCUACAAAAAGUGGUUAAAUACUGUCAUUGGUCAAUAUCCUUGAGUAGAAGAGAUUUAUCCUCGCAGUCUUUCCUUUUUCAGUUAUGAAUCUGCCUUUAGACACAGGCCAAGGAACAACGUCCACUUCCCGUACUGUGAACCAGCAGGAUGUCAGACACAGCAGUGACUUUGGAAGAGGGUCAAAAGGAAACUUCAUUUCCUAUUCUCUAGACAGUGGUAUGAGCGGGAGGGUCUCUGAAAAAAAAAAAGCAAGGUUGGUGGUGUUACUGCCCAGUUCUCAUGUUUCCAGUAAAUAUUGGAAUCUCAAUUUAUACAUUGACCUCCCAGACCCAUUCAGAAUAGAAAUUUAAUUAAUUCUUAGAGUAUUGCCUUUUUUGUGUCUGUUAGUAGUUUCUGCCUCUUAGUACCUCAGGUAACUUGCAAUGUUAAGUACUACUACCAACUCAAAUCCCCAUUGUUUUGUUUUCUGAAGCAUUCAUCUUAACAUGCUUGUCUGUUUUAUACUAGUACCUGUUCUACGAUGAAUGUUCUGUGUAUUAGUCUUAGCAGAGAGCAAGUCAAAUUUGUGAGCCUAAAUCAACCUAACAAAUGUCAAUGCUUAUUUGAACAGAAUAAAAGACAACAUUUAGAGUAUUAUCAAUAAAAUUU